AUGCAAGCAGUGCUGCUUGUACUGCUAGCAUUGGUGAUAACCUUGCAAGACGUGUCCUCCAUUAAUAUUCCCGUGGAUACAACCUUCGAGUUCUCUGGUCUUCACUCCGACUUUGCUCAGCAAUUUUACGUGCUCUACACAGAACUAGACAACACUGCGCAACUCUCAAACAUCAAUGCUGAUACUUUACCUCAUGAAUUGGUCAUGCUCCUUAGUAUCAACUCGCUUUUAUGGAGUGAUCUCCCCGGUCUCUUGCAACGCGCUGUUCUUUGGGACGCUGGCUAUGUAUUAACACCCACAUAUACAGUAGCCAAGGUCUACACACGAUGUGGCCGCUCCAUGGCGGAACUAGUGGUGCCACCUAAAGCUCUUAAGCGUGCCGGUUGUGAGCUACAAGAGUGUAUGCUUGAAGAUGGAACUCAAUUCUAUCAGGCACUUAAUUGCAAUGCAUUUAAACUUUAUAGAGCAGUUCAAUGUGCAGUGGACACAAUGGACGACACAUCAGCACCGGAAUAUGCAACGGUUUGGCGAAAUGGUGGAAAAGCUAACAUGCUUCCUGAAGUCACAGUACAACGUCAUGCUUAUACGGAUUUCAACGGAGCGCCAAAUUUAAUAUUUGCACUUCAUACGACAAAGAAAGAAGCUUCAUACGCACAAUGUCCCUUUACUCCUGCUAUGGUCAUCCCCUGUGCACCGUAUAACUUGGUUAACCAGUCGAAAUUUUGCACACCAAAUGCAGGCAAGAUUGCGUCUACAUGGCUUUUAAAACACGCAGCUGAUCAUCAUCAUACUAAGACGUGGUUGCUGGUUCCGCUGUGUAUAUUCACCUUUGUCACAUUUGGUGUUGUUGCUGUUUAUCGCUACAAGUCGGCAUUGCGUGGUGAAGCUCAACAAGAAAUGGAUUUGUAUAUGCGUGAAAAUCAGCAUCUGUUUGAUAAUGGAGCAGUCGAGGCAUUUCUGGUACCUAAAUACAAACAAAGCAAUCCUUCUCGAACGUCCCAACCAUCUAAAACAAGUCAGCAGCAAUUUUUGUCCAAUUCUUCUUUUAGUAUCGAAAGUGACAGAUCUUCUAGUGCUCAGUUCUCUCAGGAUGAAUCAAAGAAGAUUCUUAGCUCUGAUCAAGGUGAAAAGAACGCUGCAGCAUUUGAUCAUUUUGACUCAACAAUUGGUUUAUCGGCGUCUUCGUUUGAUCCAUUGGUAUCCAACGCACGCAUGCAACCAUUACGAAAAGGGACAGUAUUAAAUGAGCAUGGUACGGAAAAAGUGUCAACGCUUGAUAAUGUCACGGCACGCAAAAAUGAGAUGGCCAUUCGAAGUUUACGAAUAUUCGAAUCACACCGAAAAAUACGGCGGCUUCGUGUUCCAAUGAGUGAAUUGCAGGUGCUUCGACCACUUUCGCGGGGUUCAACUGGUGAAAUUUGGCUUGCACGUCAUCGCAAUACCCAAGUCGCAUUGAAACAAUUGAUCCCGGAAAAACGUCGUCUGCUCCAUGAGAUGGAAAUGUUUUUAGCCGAAAUUUACCUUCUCGCCCAAUUGAAACAUCCUCAUAUUGUGAUGUUAAAUGGGAUUGCGUGGAAUACAUUAGGACAUGUGGUUAUGGUGCAGGAAUUAUUAGAAGCUGGUGAUUUGCAGCGUUUUCUUGCUCAUCAACGAACUAUUACAGCAACAGCUCAAGUAAAUUCAAAAUGUUCGAUUAGUACUCGUUUAAGCUCAGUGUCCCGUGGAUCGCUUCAAAUUGACAGAAGUGGAGUGCCAUCAGCAUCUUCACCUUCAAAUGGUGGAUGUGAUUAUGGUUCAGUACACUUGAUACAUACAAAUCAUUUUACAUGGUCAAAGCAUAAAUUGACAAUUGCUCAAGCUAUUACUAGUGCAUUGACGUAUUUGCACGCGCUCUCUCCAAUGGUGUUGCAUCGUGAUGUGAAGUCCCGUAAUGUUCUACUUUCAUCUUCACUCGAUGCGAAAUUGUGUGACUUUGGUAUUAGUCGACGCAAAUCUAAUGGUAAUAAGAAUGACAAAAGAGUCACAGGUGUUGCUGGUACUUUAUCAUGGACUGCUCCUGAAUUAUUGCUGGGUGAAGAGUACAAUGAGAAAAUUGAUAUUUAUUCACUUGGGAUUCUCUUUAGUGAACUAGACACGUGCACACUUCCGUAUCAUGAUCCUGUUUCUCUCGCUGAGCGACUUGUGCAACAUCCAUUGUGUUUAAUGCGCCGAAUUAUUAACGAUGGACUUCGUCCUCAGCUCUCAACCGAUUGUCCAUUGCCAAUUACACAUUUGAUUGCUGCAUGUCUAGCUCGUGAUCCAAAAUUACGUCCAAGUGCUGCAGAUGUUGGUGCUUGGCUAGCUAGUGCUCGUGGUGAACGACUACUUCGUAAAAGUUUUAGUGUCUUAAAUUCUUCCAAUUAA